CUAUUGCGCAUGACUGUACGUCGGAAUAUGAAGUAGGCCUCCUGUUUUUCUCCCCAACCCGAAGUCCUCCUGGCCCCCACCACCUCGCUGCAACGCUCACAAGUAAGCAAAACACGGAGGCUGCUCUCGAUUAUUCGUGAAGGUGAGGUGUGGUUUGCACACACAAGAUUUGUCAGCAACUCAAAGGCUGCGAUCCCAACAACUAAUUAUACCAACAAGUGACAUUCCAGAAGCAGGUUUGCUUGACCACCAUGUCCUUCCUGUGGCCUGGUGCCCUCUCAUGACCCCAAUGACCUCAGCUCCACUUUUGACCCCAAACCCCUUCUACAACCCCCUCAGAAAAUACGUUAACUGAGCACGUGCAUAGGCUGCAGUGAGGUGGUCUUCCAAAUGCCUACCUCACGCCUAAAGAACAAAUCACUGCAGCCACAGCCCUGAUUAGCAGCCACCAUGACAUCAAGCAUAGGGGAUGAUUGUAGUAUCUUUGAUGGGUUGAUGGAAGAAGAUGAAAAGGACAAAGCGAAACGUGUGUCCCGUAACAAGUCUGAGAAGAGACGGCGAGACCAGUUCAAUGUCCUCAUCAAGGAACUCGGCACAAUGUUGCCUGGCAACACUAGAAAGAUGGACAAGUCCACCAUCCUGCAGAAAAGCAUCGACUUCCUGUGUAAACACAAAGAGAUUGCAGCUCAGUCUGAGUCGAGUGAGAUCAGGCAAGACUGGAAGCCUCCAUUUCUUAGCAAUGAGGAAUUCACCCAGCUCAUGCUGGAGGCUCUUGAUGGGUUCUUUAUAGCAAUAAUGACUGAUGGCAACAUCCUCUACGUGUCCGAGAGUGUCACCUCACUACUAGAACACCUCCCGGCGGAUUUGGUGGACCAGAACUUGUUAAACUUCCUGCCGGUUGGGGAACACUCCGAAGUGUACAAGGCUCUGUCCACACACCCCUCUGAGCUAGAGAACCUUAGCACUGAUUACCUAAAGUCUAAGAAUCACAUGGAGUUCUGCUGUCAUAUGCUGCGAGGGGCCAUUGACCCCAAAGAAUCCCCUGUUUAUGAAUAUGUUAAGUUCAUCGGCAACUUCAAGUCUCUCAAUAACGUUCCCAACGUGACUAGGAACGGUCUGGCAGGGGUGUUACAGCGGUCGCUACAACCUGCCUUUGAUGACCAGGUGUGCUUUGUAGCCACGGUCCGGCUAGCUAAGCCUCAGUUUAUCAAGGAAAUGUGUACGGUGGAGGAGCCCAAUGAAGAGUUCACGUCGAGACACAGUCUAGAAUGGAAAUUCCUCUUUUUAGACCAUCGAGCGCCACCAAUUAUUGGCUACCUGCCUUUUGAGGUUUUGGGGACAUCAGGGUACGACUAUUACCAUGUGGAUGACCUGGAGACGCUAGCGAAAUGUCAUGAACACUUAAUGCAAUAUGGUAAAGGGAAGUCAUGCUACUACCGUUUCCUGACGAAAGGUCAACAGUGGAUCUGGCUGCAGACACACUACUACAUCACCUACCAUCAGUGGAACUCUCGACCUGAGUUUAUUGUCUGCACGCACACAGUAGUCAGCUAUGCAGAGGUGAGGGCAGAACAGCGCAGAGAGCUGGGCAUCGAGGAGGCAAAUCCAGAGGUCACUGCAGAUAAGAGUCAAGACUCUGGCUCAGAGUCACAGCUCAAUACGUCCAGCCUGAAGGAGGCGCUGGAGCGAUUUGACCACAGUAGAACACCUUCGACGUCCUCACGGAGUUCCCGCAAGUCCUCAUCGCAUGUCUCUGACAACACCUGCACUUCGACGGCUCCCAAGUUACACAUGGACACGGCCACGCCCCCUCGGCAGUCGUUGGCAUCCACCAUGGAGAUGACAUCACAGCGCCGGUCAUCUAUCAGCAGCCAGUCUAUGAGCUCUCAGACUACAGGGCAGAGUGUAGCUCCUGGUAUGAUCAAUCAGCAACAACAACAACAACAACAACAACAACAGCAACAGCAGCAGCAACAGCAACAGCAGCAGCAACAACAACAACAACAACAACAACAACAGCAGCUCCAGACAAAUGUGCAGCCAGUGAUGGAGUUCUCAGCGCAGGUGAAUGCCAUGCAGCACUUAAAGGAGCAGCUGGAGCAGAGGACCAGAAUGAUCCAGGCUAACAUUCAGCGGCAGCAGGAGGAGCUCAGACACAUCCAGGAGCAGCUGCAGAGAGUCCAGGGGCAGGGUAUACAGAUGUUGCUGCAGCAGCAGGGUGGACCCAUGAAUGUACAGCUUCCUCAAGUAGGAUCAGUCCAGCAGACAACUACGUUGACUAAUCAGGUCCAGCAAACAACAAUUAACCCCGUCCAUUCGGGAACUCAGCAGCUCACCAUCCAGCAGCAGGCUCCUCCCACUCAACAGAGCUUACAACAGCAGACCAACACCCUUACGCAGCCCCAGCGUCAGACUCAGCAAGCUCCUCAGCCCCAGCCUCAACCCCAGACCCAGGGCUCUGUAUCUGCUCCUUUAUACAACACAAUGAUGAUUUCCCAGCCAGGACAGCCAAAUGUGCUGCAGAUCAGCACCAGCCUGCCGCAGAAUAACACCCAGCAAGGCACAGCUGUGGCCACUUUCACCCAGGACCGACAGAUCCGCUUCCCAGCAGGGCAGCAGCUUGUGACCAAGCUCGUGACAGCUCCAAUGCAUGCAUGUGGUGCAGUCAUGGUUCCCACUUCUAUGUUUAUGGGGCAGGUGGUUACCGCAUACAACCCCUUUGGGAGCCAGCAGCAAGGGGGGCAGACCCAAACGCUGACUCUGCAGCCCGCCCAAGCACCUCAAGGACAACCAGACGGCCAAAACCAGACGGCUGUAGUGGCACAAAGCAACCAGCAGGGGCAGCAGCAACAACAGCAAUUCCUACAGGGCCCUCGUCUUCUCCACAACAACCAGUCUACGCAGCUGAUCCUGCAGGCAGCUUUCCCACUCCAGCAGCAGGGAACCUUCACCCAGGCAACACAUCCACAGCAGCAGCAACAACUGCAGCAACAACAACAACAACCGCAGCAACAGCAGCAACAACAAUCUCACCACCAGAGGCACCAGCAGCAGCUUAAACCACAGCCCCAGAAACAGCAGAAAGCCCCGUCAUCGCACAGGACUGACGCUGUCAGCAGCCAACAGCAGUGAAGCGAGGAGGGGAGUGUGUACAGCAAGAACAUGUGGGGAAUCGAAGCUCUUAAGGGAUUGCUGCAUACGUUUGUUUUUUUUGUUGUUUUUUUUCCCCCCCGAAAUCGUUCCUCCAUCUGAAAGAAACAAAUCAUAGGAAAGAGGAAAAUGAGUCCACAAGGAACUCACCAAAAGACUGUCACCAUGGCAACAGGAUGGAUUCAAAUCCCCAUUUCCUCUCAUGAGAAGCGGUGUUGUGAGGGAAGCUUCACUUUCCGUGAAAACCUGAAUUAAUUACUUUAUGGCCACUUUUUUUUUUCUUUUUUUUCUGAGAAGCGUGUCAAAGCGAACUGGCCUUGUACAGAUUUACUGUAUGAUAAAAACAAAAACUUGUAAAUAUCCACCAUAGCCUAACAGAAAACAGAAAUGUAGUAUUUUAUAUGAUUGCAUGGAAAAAAUAACUGUGUAAGCUUUUAUUAGUUGCUUUAAAAAAACGAAAAAAAAAACCAACAAAACUUUUUACUUUGGUCAAGUGUGGUCAAAGAUGGAGCACUGACUCCUCUCUUAGACCUCCCCGCCCUACCACCACCACCACCCCUCCCAGGAAAAAAUUAAGUCCAGAACAAGGUUUUAAAGUUCUGAGUGUUUUAAAAAAUGGUUGGGCUUGGGUGUUUUUUGUGGAAGUUGUUUUUUGAACACUGUGUCUCUGAGACAAAAAAAGGCUCUCUUUCUAAUUACAGAUCAUGCUUGGCAAGAAACUAGAUUGCAGUUUAACUGUAUUAUUUACAGGAUAAUUACUGUACAUAUGACGGGUUUAGUGAUUCCAAGUGCCAAUAACAUAGUCAAAUUUUUUUUUUUACUUUAAAUUUCAAGCAGACUAUUCAAAGGCAUAUAUUUUCCAACAAGAUAUUACCCCUAUUAAAAUUAGUGCGUGUGUAUAUAGUAGGGAUUAUUUUUUAAAAGUAAAAGAGCCCUAUAUGUAACAAACAGUAUAUCCUCAAGCUCCUCAACUUUAGCACUUAACGUGGUUGUGUACGAUAAAUCACUGUCGACCCUGU